AUGAGUCUCAGUUCUUAUGAGAUUGAUUUACCUGUUAAUAAAGAAUCACCUUAUCAAUAACUUUAUAGAGGAAGACAUGACAAUAAUUAAAUUUAUAUGUUACACAUCUUUCCAAAGCAAACAUUAAAUAAUUAAAUCUAAGAUCAGAUUCUUCAAAGAGCUGAAGAACUCCGUUUUAUAUUUGAAAAAAUGGAUUUUGAAGAUUUUAUUUUAAUAUCCUAUUAGGAUAGCACUCUUUGGAUAAAUUUAGAAUAAAAAAUUAAAACAGAGACACUAAAAUCUUUUUAUGUUAAAUUGUACUAAUAAUAUUCAAAACUUAAAGGAAUAAUAGACUUUGAUUAGGAUUAUGUUUUUGUGAAUGAAGAUGAAGUUUUUAUAAUCGAUUAUGGAAUUAAUCAACAUAUAACGAAAAAACAUAAAGAUUAUGAAUAUACUACAAAAACUAAGACAUAUUUAUUUGGUUAACUAAUUUUUAAUCUGUUAUGUAAUCGAGAUAUUAGUGAGAAAUUGUUAUAGUGUUCUGAAUAAUAUUAAAUAGAUGUUAUUAUUCAUUAAGCAGCUGAAAACUACAAAAUCAAUAUUGAAAUUUUGGAAUGUUUAUUUAAAAUGCUCAAAUUAGACCCUAAUUAAAGACCAACAUUUGAAGAAGUUGGAUAAUGGAAAUUGUUCUAUUCUAAAAAAGACAUUUCUAAAGUGACAACUAGCAUUCUUGAUUUUUCUAAUAAGAAAAUUGGUACAUAAACAAGUCGCUAAAAUUAAACUUAGAGAUCAGCAAGACCUUAAUCUUAUGAUUAAAAAGUUUUAAAUACAGCACAUAAUUAAUCAGUUAAAGCUGCAAUUUAAAAAUAAAGAAGAUAAGUUCCAUCAACAAAUAAAGUAUGCUCCUCAUAUGUAUUUGCAUCUCAAAUUAUUUCUAAUAAUAUUAAAAAUAAAAAGCUCUCAUCAAAUUUUACUAAUCUAAUAUCUACUCAAUAAUCCUAUUUUUAAUAAACCGGUUUCCCUUAAUAAGUGUCAGAAAUGAAUCAAAGUUAAUAUCCAAAAACUUAAAAUCAUUUUUUUUCAAAAUAACCUGAUUUACUUUAAUAGACAGCUUAAAAGAGCUUUAAAGAAUUUAAUCAUAAUUAACAGUAAUAAAGAAUUGAAAAAAAAUCCCCCUUUUUAUUUGAUGGAUCUUAACCACCUAUUAUUGGUGUUACAAAACCAUUAAAUUCAUAGCCUACCACUGAUUAAAAUAAAAAUUAGAAUUAUGAGGCUAAUUUUUUCAGUAAUAAUUAUUCAAAUUAAACAAAUUAUACAUCUUCUUAAUAGAAUAUCCAUUAAAAUGAAAAUACAUUAUAAUAGUAAUAUUAAAAAUAAUAAUAAUAAUAAUAAUAAUAAUAAUAAUCAAUUCCAAUAAUUCUUCCAAAGCAAUAAUAAAAUUAAGUUACAGAAGAUAAUUCAAGCUUUCAUUUUAAAUCACUACCAUCAGAGACCUCUAAUUAAAAUUAAAAAUUGUAUAAAGAUGAAAAAUAAUAGGCAAAAUUGAAAACUCCCUUUUAAUUAGCUUAGAAUAUAAAUGAAAAUGAUUUGGAUGAUAUUAAAUUACACUAAAUGAAUAAUCAGAAUUAUAGUUAAGAGUAAACCUAACCUGCUGAUAAAGAAAAAAAGCAAGAAAUUUUGAAAAAACCCUAGUAAGAUAAUAAAUUAACUUCAAACUCAACUUUUUCCAAAAAAGAAGAUAAAUAGAAUGUUGAUAAUUAUAUAACAAAUCAUAAAACAAAUGAAAAACCUUAGUCUAUUAAUGAUAUUGAGGAGCCUCCAAUUAUAAGACCUAAUAAAUCACUCUAAUAAGAUAUUUAAAAAUAAAAACCUACAGUUGAAAACACAUAGAAUACCAAAGUGAAUUAAGAAGAUUUAGAAAAAACCUUUAAUGAAUAUCAGCAGAAGUAAAAUGUUCUUUUUAAUAUAGGUAUUAUUCAUAUUUAGCAAUUAUUUAAAAUAUAACAUUUGCUGUGGCAGAUUUAAGUGAAAAACUUAGUUUUCAAGGAUAAAUUUGGAUAGUACCAUUAUGUAUUGUUUUUAAAGUAAUUUUUUGAUGUGCAAUAUUUUAGAGAGCUUAUGAAAUAAGAAAAAUAACAGAAAAAGAUAUAGAAAAAUAAAAGAAUAUUUUUGAACUCAAAGAAUUUUUAAAAUUCAAAUCAUCAACUUAAUAUUAAUUAUUAUAGCAGACAAUUGUAUAAUAAAAUAAAAUGAUGGAAAAAGAAUUUUCAGAAAUGUUAGAAGUUGCUUAAAAAAAUAUUUCAAGAUUAGAUGCAAAUUCUUAGUAAAAAAUGUCAGCCCUUUUAAAUUUGGAUAUAAAAAAAUCAAUCAAGGAAUAGGCUGAAAAAUAUUUAUUUACUUAACUUUACCCUAGAGUAAAAACUGCUAUUGGAAAACUUAGAGCAAAAACUUUAGCUAAUAAUACAUUCUCAGAAUUAGAAUGGAUGUAAACUAGAUUAUUGAGUUUGUAUUCAAUUUUAAUAAUGGAAUUAGAACUAUAUACUUGUGAAUCUAAUCUUUUUAAAGAAGUAACUCUUAAGAAAUACAGAAAAAUGUAAAAUAUUGAUGAAAUUGAAUAACAUUGCAAUUAAAUAGAAAAUACGAUCAAUACACUUCCAAUAUUCAUAAAAUGA